AUGCCUAAAUUAAACGUUACAAUCAAGUGGAGCGGCAAGAAGUUCGAGAACUUGGAGUUGGACACCGAUGAGUCUGCUGAACUCUUCAAGACUCAAAUCUACUCACAAACCGGCGUACCUCCUGAACGUCAAAAGAUCAUGGUCAAAGGUGGCCUUUUAAAGGACGACACGGAUUUGAACAAAUUAGGGCUGAAAGAUGGCCAUAGCUUCAUGAUGAUGGGUACUGCAGGCGAGCUUUCCAAACCACCUCCAAAGCCCGUUCAAUUCUUGGAAGACAUGACAGAUGCUGAAGUCGCCGAAGCUUUGGACAUUCCUCCUGGAUUAGAAAACCUUGGAAAUACAUGUUACAUGAAUGCAACUCUGCAAUGUAUGCGUGCUAUGCCAGAACUUCAAAAUUCAUUGGAAAAGUAUCAGGGUGGAUUGAAUGGAGUUGAUAACCGUGGUAACUUGGUUGCUAGUCUGCGUGAUCUUUUUGUCAACCUCAACAAGGUGUCUGACGGUUUCCCACCUCUGGUUUUCUGGCAGAUGCUUCGUCAAUCAUUCCCUCAAUUCUCUCAAACAGGCCAAGGCGGUGUCCCUAUGCAACAAGAUGCUGAAGAAUGCUGGAGUGAACUUGUCUCUGUAUUGAAAGCUAAAUUGCCCAAGGAAGAAUCAGAGCAGAAUUUUAUCGAGCGUUACAUGACCGGUCAGUUGCAAACAGAAACUACUUGUGAGGAGGCUCCUGAGGAGGAUAAAGUCAUAUCCACUGACUCAUUCAACAAAUUGAGUUGUCAUAUUUCUAUCAGUAUCAACUACAUGAUCAACGGCAUUUUGGAGUCAUUAAACGAAGAAUUGGAAAAGACGUCUCCCACAUUGAAUCGCACCGCUAAAUAUAUUCGUAAAUCCCGUGUCAGUCGCCUUCCUCAAUACUUGCCAAUUCAGUUUGUUCGUUUCUUCUGGAAGCCUCAAGAGCAAGUCAAGGCCAAAAUUCUGCGUAAAGUCAAGUUCCCCCUUGAAUUUGAUGCAACCGAAAUUUGCACACCUGAACUCCAAAACAAAUUUACCAAGGCAAAGUUGAAGAUCAAGCAAGUGGAGGAUAAAAAGAUUGCCAAGGAAAGAGAUGAGAAGCGCAGAAAGAUGAACAACGAUAUCAAUGCUGCUUCAUCAAGCACUGCUGCUACUUCAACUACCACCGCCACUGAUGCAAGCAAAAAUGAUCCUAUGGAUACUGAUGAAGGAAAGGUUGAUUGGACUGAAUACUUGGACCCUGAGCUCAUUAAGGACGUUGGAUGCAAUCCCACUGGUCAAUACGAACUCGCUGCAGUUUUGACACACGUUGGUCGCUCUGCUGAUUCUGGCCAUUACAUCGCUUGGGUCAAGAAGGGUCCCAAUGAAUGGCACAAAUUUGAUGAUGACAAGGUUUCUGUGCUUCAGGAUGCUGAUAUCGAGCGUCUUGAUGGUGGAGGAGAUUGGCAUACUGCCUACAUUGUUUUGUACAAAGCUAAAAAACUUGAUUAA